CUUUCUCCACCUUGAGUGAACUUUAUGUGUCUUGGCGCCGAGCUUGCGGGCCACUAUGCAGCGCAGCCAUGGCGAAGAGGGCUAAAUCGGUGGCGAGGACCCUAGAGGAUUUGACGCUGGACUCGGGUUACGGCGGAGCGGCAGACUCGUUCAGGUCGUCGAGCUCGUCGCUGUGCUGUUGUCCCGACACGCACGCACCCUAUGCGCAUGGAGCGACCUGCUGCCGCUUGACCGACCGCAUGCGCAGCCACCACGGCAGCUCGGACACUGUGAACGCUGCGCCGGGAGACGACAGCGAGACGCUGGAGUGCCCAGGUCACUGCGCCAGGCUUCCCGAGCUCGACGAGGUGCCGUGGAGCCUCGCCGAUGUGCAAUCUGCAUUAGCCAAGCACGGGGAUCCGAGAUGCGCCACAGUCGGUCCGGAGCUGAUCGCGAGGUUAUCCUCACUGCUGAGCCGCGCACUGGUGCGCAUAGCCAUGGAGGCUCGGCGGUUGAGUUUGCGCUAUGCGCGCUGCACCCGUUAUGAAGUGCAAAGCGCCGCAAAGAUAGUGCUGUCCUGGACCGUCGCUGCCAACUCUGCUGCCGCUGCGCUCGGUGCGCUCUCCACCUACAGCAUGAGCACCGAGGACAAGUACAGCCGCGGUAAGUCCGAGCGCUGUGGACUUGUCUUUUCUGUUGGACGCUUCUUUCGCUGGAUGGUGGACAGCAGCGUGGCACUCAGGAUCCACGAACACGCUGCCAUUUACCUGGCCGCUUGCAUGGAGAGCCUGUUCCGCGAAGUGCUCAACCGGGUGCUCAACAGUGCGCUUUUGGAGCAAGGCAACGGCAUGCCAUCACUCAGCGUGGAGGCAUUUGAAGUAGCCAUCAACAACGACUCGGAGCUUCACGGUCUCCUUCAGCCUUUCCAGCACCUAAUAUGUGGGAAAAAUACCAGCGGUAUCCUGAUCUUACCAGACAGUUUUAACCAGCACAGAAACCAGCAGCGAUCAGGGAAGCCUGGUGAUGCCUACAGUCAGGCAGAGUUGCGCACCAUAGAGCAGUGUCUUUUGGCCACUCGAGUUGGGAGCAUCUCUGAACUCAGUGACCUGGUGUCUAGAGCCAUGCAUCAUCUACAGCCUUUAAGCAUCAAGAACCACAGUAACAGCACUCCUGUACAUCAGAAGAACAGUCUUCUCCACUGGGAACCUGAGGCCCUCUACACUCUCUGUUACUUCAUGCACUGCCCUCAGAUGGAAUGGGAAAACCCAAAUGUUGAACCCUCCAAAAUCACCCUUAACACAGAAAGGCCGUUUAUGGUACUACCUCCCCUUAUGGAGUGGAUCAGAGUUGCUUUGGCCCACGCUGAGCACCGCCGCAGCUUCUCAGUGGACAGUGAUGAUGUUCGGCAGGCAGCCCGGCUGAUGCUUCCUGGAGUGGACUGUGAACCUCGCCAACUAAAGACAGAUGAUUGUUUUUGUGUGUCACGGAAGCUGGAUGCUGCCUCAACUGAGGCAAAGUUCCUGCAGGAUCUGGGUUUCCGCAUGCUCAACUGUGGCCGUACAGACCUGGUAAAGCAGGCCAUUAAUCUCUUGGGACCUGAAGGCAUCAACAGCAGGAGUGAACAGGGUAUGACUCCACUAAUGUACGCAUGUUCACGUGGUGAUGAGGCCAUGGUGCAGAUGCUACUGGAUGCAGGAGCUGAUAUCAACAGUGAGGUGCCCAGCACAGUGCACCAACAUCCAUCAAUCUACCCUGAGACCCGGCAAGCCACGGCGCUCACCUUCGCCGUGCUCCACCAACACGUCCCUGUCCUGCAGUUGCUGCUGGAUGUCGGAGCCAAUGUGGAAGGAUCUCUGCAGGAUGGCAUGGAGAACUACACAGAAACUCCUUUGCAAUUAGCCGCUGCUGCAGGAAACUUUGAGCUGGUCAAUCUGCUGUUGGAGAGGGGAGCUGACCCACUGGUUGGAACCAUGUACCGCAAUGGAAUAUCUACAGCUCUGCAUGGGGAAAUGAACUCCUUCAGCCUGGCAGCAGCACACGGACACAGGAAUGUGUUCCGUCGGUUACUGUCCCAGUCUGAGAAGGGAAAGGGGGACGUGUUGUCCCUGGAGGAGAUCCUGGCAGAGGGCUCAGAGGCGGGGGAGAGAAACUCAUUGCAGAUGGAAGCAGCACGCACUGGAAAGGCUAAACUUAAAGCCCUGAAAGAGGCCAUGUACCACAGUUCAGAACACGGCCAUGUGGACAUUACACUGGAUAUACGAAGCUUAGGUGUACCAUGGACGUUGCACUCCUGGCUGGAGUCUUUGCGCACGUGUUUCCAGCAGCACAGGCGGCCACUGAUCCAGGGCUUACUGAAGGAGUUCAGCUGCAUUGAGGAGGAGGAAUACACCGAGGAACUGAUCACACAUGGCCUGCCGCUUAUGUUUCAGAUCCUCCGUGCCAGCAAGAAUGAGGUGAUUAGUCAGCAGUUGGCUGUGAUUUUUACUCAGUGUUAUGGACCCUAUCCCAUCCCUAAACUCACAGAGAUCAAGCGGAAACAGACCUCCAGACUUGACCCCCACUUUCUGAACAAUAAAGAGAUGUCAGAUGUAACAUUUCUAGUAGAAGGAAAGCCAUUUUAUGCUCAUAAAGUUCUGCUCUUUACUGCCUCUAACAGGUUUAAAUCUCUACUAGCAAACAGACCAGCAACAGAGAACACCUGCAUUGAAAUCAGCAAUGUAAAAUAUAACAUAUUCCAGUUGGUGAUGCAGUAUCUGUAUUUUGGUGGAACAGAUUCACUCCACAUCAGGAACACUGAGGUUAUGGAUCUUCUAUCGGCUGCUAAGUUCUUCCAGUUGGAAGCAUUACAGAGGCACUGCGAGAUCAUCUGCUCCAAGAACAUCAACACAGAGACCUGUGUCGAAAUCUAUAACCAUGCCAAAUUUCUGGAGGCCCCUGAGCUUUCGGCAUACAUUGAGGGCUACUUCCUGAAGAACAUGGUAGUAUUGAUUGAACUAGAGCCUUUUAAACAGCUGCUCUACGAUACUCCAGCAGAAAACACAGGCAGUGAUGUACUUCAGGACCUGGAGAGAACUCUAGCCACCCGUAUUCACUCCAUCCACCUGUCCUCAUCCAAGGGAUCCAUCGUUUAAGACUCUAAACAGACACUUGAGCCAUUGCUUAUGAUUUUAGAGUAUACACUUUGUGCAUUAAUUUAGAGGGAAGACUAAAUGUGCACUUUAUUCAUUAGUGUAGCAAUAUUUGCUGAGUGCGCUCGGAUAAACUUAGCAGCUGUAACAACGCCUUCAAAUGCUUGUUAAAUUCUUUAUUUUUCAUAAUUUUAUAUUUGCAAAAAUCUUUGUGUUGAACUGCACUAAUUAACUAUUAUAUUAAUGUAAUGUACCAGUGGUUAGAGCAAGCCAAUAUCUAGAGUCUAAUCUGUGACCACUCAAAGGACAUUAUGUGUAAAAAAUUAUAGAAUUACCUGGUGGUUUCAUAAAGCUUCACCAAACCAGGUUCAAAUCCUCGCUUCUGGUUACUGUCUGUUUAGAGUUAGGAAUGUACUUUCGGUAACUGCGUUGUUUUCCUUUGGGGUCCCCCAAGUUCCUUUCACAUCUCUGUAACUGGUUAUUCGAAAUUGUUCCUCGGGUCAAGUGAGUGUGGAAUGCUGUAAAAGUGACUGGGUGUAUUUCUGCCAUUUUGUCUAUCUGAUCCAGACCCACUGUGACCCUGAUUAGGAUAAAUGAAUUACUAGAGAUGAAUAAAUAUAUAAAUAAGGAGUUACUGACAAGCAACAGUGUGACAAACAACAAGCCAGAAUGAUUAGUACUACAAUUAGGACUUCCAAGUUGUACAGCCAUUUUUAAAAUACAGUAUGGAUAAACUGCCAGGAUUUAGAUGUUAAAAUUGGACUGAAAUAAAGAAAAUGGCAUCCAUUAAUAUUUUAAAGCACAUCACAUUACACUAUUGACAGUUUGCAUAAUUAUAGUUAUUUGCUUCAGUUACUCUUAGAUUUCAGUAUAGAUGUGGACUGAUACUCAAGACCUUGAUGGAUUGGAACAUCCAUAAGUUAACUAAAGUAUCUUAAAGCCCAACACCUCACACCUUUGCCGUUUUGCAUAAUUUGCCUGUAGAGCAUUGUCUAGAUGAGUAUUGGAUCACUACUGUAUUUAGCCACUGAUAUUGUAAUCAGAACAAAAUACCAACAUGACAUUAGGAUAUAUUUAUAACACAAACUGAAAAGCAUGACACAUCACACCUUUAAAUUUACUUUCACUGAAGGUUGGGUGGCAUAACCAUUAAAGACCAUCCACAUGAAUAUAGGAGCCAAUUAUUUUAAAUCAUACCAUUGAGCAGUGAGUCAGUCUGGUUACUGCAAUGAUACUAAUAUAAGCAUCUGUUAAGUAUCCGGGCUCUGAUAUCUGAAACAGAUUGAACAUGUUUAGAAUGGGAUUGGAACAUCACUACCACAAACUACAGCAUACUUUAUAUGUACUUUCUGAACGUCAACUUUUGUUGGUUUUGGCUGAUACUCAGAGCUCUGAUAUGGGGAUGGUAUUGAAAAUGAACGACUGAUAAUUAUUUUUAUGACAGUAUUUUAAAGCAUGACCUGUCACCAAGUUUCAAAUUUUCUUAGUUUGCUUGCAAAGAGUCAUCCUGGUUACUGAGGGUUAGCAUUGAAUUAUUAAAGGUAUCAGUGAAAACGUAGAGCUCUAAUAUUGGUGUUGUUUAGAAAAUGAAAUAUAUUGAAUCAUCCAUAGAUGAUUCAGGCUACUUGUAUACCUAGAGAGUUCUGUUUUUUCCUUGUGAUGUUUUCUUUUUUUUUUUUAGCAAAAGAGACCUCGUUGUGUAUCUACAGUGCCACAGUCCCCUAUCAAUAAGCGCACAAACAACCAUGGCAAUAACAAACACAGUCUAAAUGUAAAGUGUCUGUCCUAGGAAAAGAAUUCUCAUCAUGGCAUGCUUGACUCACAUGCUAGCUUUUACUUAGAUAUAGGUCGUAACGGUGUGUGCCUUUGUCAUCACAAACUGUACAGCAAAAGAAGUAAGAGUAAUAAAUGUGGCCACUUGUGUAAAUACAUGUAAUUAUAUGUAUAUAACACAGAUUUCCCCGCUCACAGUGUAUGUACAAAAAUCCUAAUUAGUGGACAGGUGUAAAUGUGAAGAUGCAUGUAGUUUUUAUUUUUUUUAUUGACGUUGGACUUUUUAUGUGGGAUUUUAUGUGUGUUAGACAAACAGAGAGAAUACUGUAAUCAGCAUGGAAUUAAAGAGUCGUAGCUGUGAAUAUGUUUGUUCCUGAUGAGUGCUGAUCAGACGCCUGACUCAGUUUGUGCCUGCAGUAUGUUUUGUCUAUUUUCAUGAUGUUUGUGCAACUGUGUAAAUCCCUCUAUGAAUUCUUUAUAAAGGUUAAUAUGAAAA